AAUAGCCUUCCCCAAGGCAUUCCAAGGGGAGGAAGAAUAAGCCUUGGUUUUCUUUUCCACCACCAUCUUGGAGAAAAGGAGAUACAAGGCAAAAUAAAAAUAAAAAGAUGUCUGGGAAAAUAGUUGUCUCUGUUGUUUCUCUCAUUCUCGUUGUAGGUGUUGCAAUUGGUGUUGUGGUUACCGUUAAUAAGAAGGGUGAGGAAUCCUCCAUCCAGUCCAAUCAAAAAUCUGUUGAGAUUAUAUGUCAAAACACCGAUGACAAAAACCUUUGCCACAACACUCUCAGUUCCGUUAAGGGUCUUGACACCGCUGACCCUAAGGCUUACAUUGCCACGGCAGUGAAAGCCACCAUGGACAGCGUCAUCAAAGCGUUCAACAUGAGUGACAGGCUCGCCACCGAGCACGUAGACAAAGACAACGGCACAAAAAUGGCCCUUGAUGAUUGCAAGGACUUAUUACAAUCAGCCAUCCAAAGUCUUCAACUCAGCACUGACAUGGUGCAAAAUAACAACAUCCAUGCCGUGCAUGACCAAACUGCUGAUUUCAAGAACUGGCUUAGUGCAGUUAUCUCAUACCAACAGGCAUGUAUGGAAGGAUUCGAUGAUGGCAAAGAAGGUGAGAAGAACAUCAAGGAGCAGUUCCAAACAGAGAGCUUAGACAAGGUGCAAAAACUCACUGCCAUCACCCUUGAUAUCGUGAGUGGUUUGUCACACAUCCUCGAAAAAUUUGGGUUGAAGUUAAACCUUAAACCCGCCUCCCGUCGUCUUCUCAGUAAGGACGGGUACCCUACUUGGUUCUCUGCCUCAGAUCGCAGACUAUUGGCUCAACUUGAACGUAAAGGAUGGAGAUCACACAUCACACCUAAUGUCGUAGUUGCCCAAGAUGGCUCUGGUCAGUUUAAAACCAUUGCCGAGGCAAUUGCUUCUUACCCCAACAACUUCCAAGGUAGAUAUAACAUCUAUGUUAAGGCCGGUGUCUAUGAUGAAUACAUCACUAUUCCUAAGAAUGCCGUCAAUAUUCUCCUUUAUGGUGAUGGCCCUGGAAAGACCAUUGUCACUGGUCACAAGAACUUCCGUGAUGGUGUAAAGACAAUGCAAACUGCCACUUUUGCCAACACUGCUCAGGGAUUCAUUGCCAAGGCAAUGACAUUCGAGAACACUGCUGGAGCUGACGGACACCAAGCCGUGGCUUUCAGGAACCAGGGAGACAUGUCAGCAGUGAUUGGCUGCCACAUUUUGGGUUACCAAGACACCUUGUAUGCCCAAACCAACAGGCAAUUCUAUCGCAACUGUGUCAUCUCCGGCACCAUUGACUUCAUAUUUGGCACCUCACCCACUGUGAUCCAACACUCUGUCAUCGUCGUCAGGAAGCCCCUUGACAACCAAUUAAACACCAUUACUGCAGACGGCACAUCCGAGAAGAACAUGAACACUGGAAUCGUUAUCCAGGAUUGCGAGAUUGUGCCCGAAGCUGAGCUCUUCCCAGUGAGGUUCCAGAUUAAGUCAUACUUAGGCAGGCCAUGGAAGCAGUACUCAAAGACUGUGGUGAUGGAAUCCACCAUCGGUGACUUCCUUCACCCUGAAGGAUGGUGCCCUUGGGCAGGUGAAUACUUUGAAGACACCUUGUACUAUGCUGAGUACAACAAUGCUGGACCUGGUGCUGCGGUGGAGGGAAGAAUCAAGUGGAAGGGUUAUCAUGGUCUCAUUUCUCGCGAAGAAGCUGCCCAGUUCACUCCUGGCCAAUUCCUCCAGGCUGGAGUUGGCUCUGGAACCGAUUGGUUGAAAGCUCUUCAUGUUCCUCAUGCCCUUGACUUCGUCAAACCUUGAAAUGAAACAUAAUUUCUAUUCCUUCAGUUUUAUUUCUGAGAGUGUGUGAUGAUGAGGCAUAGACAACUAUUAUUCUUUGUAAUUAUCUCCCUCAUUAAAAUAUAAAAAUUA